UCUAGCCGCACAGAGAGCGGCGUGGACUGGGACAGCGGCCUCACCGCCCCACCUUUGGACACGUUGUAUCGUUUUCAUAUCUUUUUUUCGCACAGCCCAGUCGAUAAGCCUUGGGUGGAAGACAUAGCAGAAAAGCUGAGGUCCGCGCCACUGGAAUAUCGGUGUUGCUAUAGCAACGACACUGAUAAGGCUGGGAUUAAUUUCUUACAGAGUCUUCUGUGUGCGGCAAUUCUCAGUGAAAUAGUUGUGAUAGUUCUCACGCCAAGUUACGUGACAGGCACGUGGUUUGAUUUCCAAGAGACGAUGACACACCUCACAAAGUUAAGUUUGCACAAACAACGAAUGCUCAUUGUCCUUCUAGAAGAUUGUGAAAUACCUGAGCCUUUGCAGCACCUUGGCUUCUUGGACGCCCAAGAUCCUGACUUUGUCCGAAGUUUGGUUCUGGCCAUCCACAGUGGUCAACUACCACGGAGCAGUGAUUCCAUCAGCAGCGACAUGUCGUCAAUACUAUCUCCAAGAGCCAGUUUGGCAAAUGGACAACUACUUUGGACAGUGACGGCAAAGAUCAAAGGAAGAUGUCGAGCGUCAUUGGUCUUUGACACGGAAGAGGUUCCAACGCCGUUACGUUGCCAUGGUAUUAACUUAAGCUACGCUGACUUCGUGGACAUUCUACACAGUGUGUCAAAUUUUGACAACCUGCCCCAGCAGCUCUCCUGGAUCUUCACCCUCAAGCCGGUGCUUCUUCUGCUCGGGGUGAGCGGUAUCUGGGUCCUGUCUCUCAUACUCGUCAUUGUCCUCCUCAUUGAUGCUCCCAAAGCCAGCGCUCUUCCCGUCCGUCUGACGGUGUUUCUCUUCCCCCUUCUGUUGGUUGUGUUUGGUUACAGUCUGCGCUGGAAGAGAAGAACCAAACAAACAGAGUUUUCCAUGCAAAUGUUCAACAGUUGCGUUCUGGUGAAUCAACAGCUACACGAGACAGGACGACCUCUCAUUAUCACGUCAGCCCGCACUGAGACAGACACGUUCCAUAUAUACUUCCUUCAUUUCAGCGUUGGAGAAUGUAUGAAUGAAGUUCAACGUUUCCUACACCAACUGUCAGAAGAACAAACAACGAAAGUUACAUCGAUGAAUGAGACGACAUUUUUAGACAUAGAUUUGUUGCAACAGCAAACGUUAGCCGAACGCCUGACAACAAUGUUAGCGGCAGCGUACAGCCUACAGUUACUGUUCAAACUGAUACCAAAAGCAGAGCAAAGCGGCCAUGUUGUUCACUAUCAAUGCCUGUGCCACUUCGUGAAAAAUUUCAUCACGGAAUAUAUCCGAACAUCAGGAGAGUGCAAAGACAGUGGGAUAUCCAGGGAAAUGCUGACGAGGUAUAUCAACUGUGCAAUGCGCAGGUGCAGCACGCGCACGGUCCAAGAGCUAUUGACUACCUCGGUAGCAACUGUGUGACGUUGAAGAUGCAUUGUCUGUGCAAAAGGCAACACGGUUUCUACGAUUACCCGAGAAAAGUGCUCCUAUGAUGAUAUACGUGCGUAAAUCAUAGCUGUGAUAAAAAGGUUCCGACAGUGGUGAUGCUUAUAGCGUGUAACCAAAGCGACAGAAGAAACUCGGCAUCUUAACAAAGACUUGUUAUUUAUACGUCAAUAUGUUGUGCUGAAAAUAUUCAACUGCCGAAUGUCGGAUUGUGAUACAUAUGCUGGUCUAAAGUUUUAUAAAUUUAUAACAUUUAAUAGUGAGUAAUACGAGGGUUUAUUUGAUACAUUAACCGACCCAGUUAGUUUAAUCCAAAAACUUGUUAAUCCACCAGAAAGCUUAGCAUUGUGCAAAAACAUAUAGAUACUCCGAAAAAACUGAAAGUCGCAUAUGUGAAGUUACCACCUACCUUUUGUGACUUUUUACGUAUCCUUAAGAUGACAAAUAAAAUUUCGCCGAAACAUUGAAACGUCAAAUAUGUGACUUUUAGGGGUUUGUUUUUUUUUUUGGAGCAUCUGUGCUUUGGCCUUGUGUUAGUUUAACUCAGAUUGUGUGGCAUUUAUCAUGGUGAAUAGAAAACGUCCAUUCCAAACGCUUUUAUUUCCUUGCAGUGAAAAUAAGUUCCAGAGCAAGAUUUGGCUUAUUUUGGGCGUUUAACGUAGUUUGAGAACAGGACUACUUUCAUUGUAUUUGCCUUAUUAGGAGUCAAUGCAAGUUUUCAUAGUAUACUUGCCUUAUUGCUCAAGUGACCAUUAUUACUAUAUCAGAUCUCAAGUCCCGUUGUCUAGCGACAGUACAAUGCACGUGCGCGUGUUCCGUGGCUCACUUUUCAUUGUGGUUGCUCUCGGUUGAGGUAAUUUUAAAAGCCAUUUGAUUGUCUUGCGUUAGUCUACUUUUGUUACAUGUAUGAAUGUCUUUUUAUGAGUAUAUUAUAUCCUUAACAUUUUAUAUCUGCACAAAAAUUAAAAUGACAGCUAAAUUAAGUGUAUUAUUACUAUUUGUUUACGUCGUUAAAGAGAAGUUUUUUGAAAAUACUGUUACAGUAGCGACCUGUGUAAUCCUAGGCAGAAAGUGCAAACGUACAAUAUCGCAUGAAGUUGUCUGCUGCACAUAGUUUUUCAGCUCUUUUCUUAUAUUGUUAAAUUUUUCAUCUAACCGAAAAGGAAGGGAUGUCUGCAGUGAUAUAUGUAUGUAUUUCCUUCGACUUUCUCCUUAACCAUUAAUCCGAUCGACUUUGCAUCUAAUUUGUGGAUGUUUUACUGAGGACACAAGGCAGUACACUGUAGUCUAUUUUAAACACUGCCUAUUGCGAAUGCAAAUUAGACAAUGGGGACGUUACAAAUGUUUGGAUUUUCAUCGUGUUUCAGAAAUGAACAAUUUUCAUCCAAAACUGCACUAUUUACACUGAAAUGCCAAAGACGAAAGUUCGAUCACCACACAAACAACUGGACAAGUUAAUUCUCUGGACCGGAAACAGUGACUUUAGUCAAGUCAUGUCUCGUUGUGUAGGAUAUCACGCAAGGCUGUGUUUGAAAUAAAUAUAUGAUGGCAAUUCCUGGAUGAGGUAUCAUGGUUUCAGCGGUAGGGUUACGGCCGUUGGUGGUUAGGUGCACCAGAAACAUGGUUGAUUGUUGAGUAGUCAGCCACCUUACCGUACAGGAGGAAGGCUUCAUACUGAGAACCCGUUCCACGUGGACAUAUUGCUCACUUCCAUUAAUACACAUUCUUCCCUCCCAGAGAUGAAAACGAAACUAAGGCUUGAUACGGCGAUAUUUACACAUAUAAACAUCUCCUGUGAGUUUGUGUAUUCGUGUUUUAUCUCAUUUAUCAUUAUAUUGCUGUUGGUUUGUCCCCGAAGACUUUUUGCCGAAAAGAUUAUAUAUAUGAAAGUUAUGCUCAACCAGUCGGGA